GAACGAUUAUUAUCAAAGAAAAUUUUAAAGCCAUUUGCUAAAAAAUUAUCAAUAAGAUAUUAUUUAUGAAAUAUACAUAAUUAUCGUUAAAUUAUUCCUUUUUUUUUCCACAUAACGUAUGUAUGUUGAUCAAUGUAGGAAAAACUUACGAAUGAAUAUCUGAUUUUUGGCAAUAUAGAAGCACUUCUUUUAGCACCAGUACAAGUUAUCCUUGCCUUAUAAACAAGUGGGACAAGUACAUCUACUUGCGCUUACCACCUGGAAUAUUGUACCGCCCCUUGCGUGGCGCAUGCGCUGUUAUACCACUCGACAAACGCACGUUAGGAAAUUGAACGACAACUUUCAGUAGUAAUCUUUCUUCGAACACGAUGGUCAACACAUUGACAUCUGUAAAAAAUAGAAACUAUAAGAAAGACCUAGAUUAUAGUACAGAAUUGAAUCGCUGGCUUUUGAAACAAAUCGGUGUUUGGCCUGCAUCGAUCAAUGCAUCCUGGAUGGAAAUAAUCUUGUAUCGUUUCUUGAACGUACUAUGCACUUCUCUUAUCAGCUUUCUUAUAUUAUCCGCAUCUCUCUAUAUUAUUAUAGAUGUGAAGGACAUAGAAAUGAAAUUAAAAACGAUCGGUCCUAUAAGCUUUUGUCUGAUGGUACUCGCAAAAUAUUGGUUAUUUAUAAUACAUGAGAAAGAUAUAAAUCGUUGCGUAAGUCAUAUGGAGACCGAUUGGAAAAAUGUUAAAAGUGAAAAUGAUCGACAGAUUAUGAUCGAUAGUGCACUUUUUGGUCGUCGUAUCGUGAUAGUAUCCGCGAUAUUUACGUACAGCGGUGUAUUCUUUUAUCAAGUAGUGUUACCUUUAACAUCGGCCAAAGUAGUCAUAGGCAACUAUACGUUUAAACCACUGGCCUGUCCCAUCUCCAGGAUCUUCGUCGAUGCUCGUCAAAGUCCAGCGAACGAAUUGAUGAUACCAUUAGAAUGUCUUUGUGGUUUCGUCAUGAACGCUGUCACUGUGGGUGCUUGCAGUUUGGCCGCUGUAUUUGCUUUACACGCCUGUGGACAAUUAAAGGUCAUGAUGGCCUAUUUGAACAAUCUCGUGGAUGGUCAACCGGAAGAAAAUAAUAGCGUUAAUGAUCGAUUGACCGACAUCGUUCAACAACACGUACGAAUUCUCAGUUUCGUUACGUUUACCGAAGAUCUAUUACAGGAAAUUUCUCUCGUCGAAGUAUUAGGAUGUACAUUAAACAUAUGCUUGCUUGGAUAUAAUCUUAUUGCGGAUUGGGAUAAAGGAGACAUGGUCUCCGAUAUGACUUAUAUCGCAUUGAUUAUCUCUUUUGCAUUCAAUAUAUUUAUAUUUUGUUAUAUAGGUGAAAUUCUCGGCGAAGAGUGCAAUAGAGUAGCCGAAGCAACUUAUAUGAUCGACUGGUAUAGACUAAGAGGAAAAAAAAGUCUCGCUCUUCUUUUAAUAAUUGCCAUGUCGUCGUCUUCGAUAAAAUUAACCGCUGGAAAAUUCGUCGAAUUAUCUAUUAGUAGUUUCGGUGAUGUUAUCAAGGCAUCCUUUGCAUAUUUGAACAUGCUCCGAACAGUGACUACGUAAAAGAUUGAUAAAAAUCUAAAAAAUGAAAAACACACGUAGUGCAGUCAUCGACAUCGUAGAACAAUAGUACGAGCCUCAUAGUAAUUAAUCGUAAGAAUUAGAAUAUAUAUUAGGCAAUAGUCGGAUAAUUCAAUAAUAUAAAAUGGCAAAUUUUUUUAGUUAUGAUGCAGGUGAGCUUACUAAAAGGCGAAUAAAAUAAACGUACUUGUCGAAAAUCUUUCGUAUGAAAAAGUAUAAAAAUUUCACUCGUUCUUUUAGGAUUUCCUAUUAUGAUCAAAAGUGACAUUUAUUAUAAAUACUAAUAGAUAUAUGCAUAUGAUGUCACGUAAAUAUUUAUUAUUAUAAAUUAGUAAAGAGCAUGAUUAAAUAAAAUAUUUACUUUAUUAAUUAAUACGUUUCUUUUUUUUUUUUAACAUACUAUAUUCGUAUUUUUACUAUUUCCUGACGAACUAUUCACACGAUAACUUUUUUAUUAUUAUAUAAAGCAUUAUUAUAUAAAAUGAAUUAUUAGAAUAGAAGAAAAUUGUAGAGACAACUUACAUAAUUGAUA